AUGUCGAAACGUUUAUGCUUGGCCAAUGAAAAACAAACAUGCGCAGCAACAACAACAACAGCAGCAGCCUCAAAAGCAGCAGCAGUAGCCUCAACAGCAGCAGCAGCAGCAGCCUCAACAGCAGCAGCAGCAUCAACAACAGCAUCAGCAACAAUAUCAUCAGCAGCAUCAGCAGCAGCCUCAACAGCAGCAUCAGCAACAAUAUCAGCAGCAGCAGCAGCCUCAACAACAGCAGCAGCCACAGCAGCAGCAGCAACAACCACAACAGCAGCCUCAACAGCAGCAGCAGCAGCAUCCACAGUAGCAGCAACCACAGCAGUAGCAACCACAGCAGUAGAAACCACAGCAGCAGCAACCGCAGCAGCAGCAGCAGAUCCUUCCCAUGAAAGAGGAACAAGAAUUUUCUCAGCACCGAGAUUUUGUUUUUAA